CAUGGCCGUGGAAAGCUCUGGACCGCCUGGUGUCCCGCUGGAUCGGCGCAGUGGGAAAGCAUGGCUCUCUACAACAACGGGGCCAAUGUGCGGAAGCCUCCAACGGCUUCUCGCAGCCCAGCGCCUCGGGUACAUGGCACAAGGGUGAGGAGGAGGUGUGUCUGGUGGAGCCCAGCCUGGUGAAGAAGGCUCACCGGGAAAUCCUGGACCAUGAGCGCAAACGGCGGGUGGAGCUGAAGUGCAUGGAGCUGCAGGAGAUGAUGGAGGAGCAGGGGUACUCCGAAGAGGAGAUCCGGCAGAAAGUGGGGACCUUUCGGCAAAUGCUGAUGGAGAAGGAAGGGGUGCUGACCAGGGAGGACCAGCAUGGGCGCCAAAUCGUGAUAGAAAACCAUCAUGGGGCGGAUGGGGAGGAGUACGCGGUGGAGUACCCCGACUACGGCGAGGGCUGCCUGCUGCAGUGCGACUGCUCGGCUGAGUGCUACCGUGAGGACAGCGGCCACCGCGAGUACAGGCUGAAAAGACGCUCGAGCAGCUCUACCUCUCCUCCACCCAAGAAAAAAAAGAAAAAGAAAUCAGGUCACCGCAGGAGCCGCAAAAAGAGGAAACCCGGCUCAGAGCGCAG